AUGUCAACAACCAUGCUGUCAGAUGAUGAGUUUAUCUCACUCUGCUUUGACCUAGACCAAGCUUCUCAACCACCGACCCAAGAGUCCAAUGAUGGGUCAGUAGACAGUAUUGAGGAGCAGAUCCCUGGAUUCGCACCCAUAGAAGGCCCUAAUGAUAACCACACAGAACAAAUAGACUUGAGACAGGACGCUUCACGUGAGAACUUCUCUGGUGGCACCGGAUGCUACUUGUGGACGUCGAGCCCGGAAGUUAUGCUUUCAGGAAGUGUAUCGGCCGAAGAAGUUCGCCAAGCUUUGGGGAUAGAACAUACAUCUACGUCUGGAUUGAAAGUUGGUAACCUUGCUCCGGAUGCUAACGAUAGGAAGGAGAUGGAUCGUCUCCCGAGCGAGUCUUGUGGGAUCAAUUGGACGGCGGAAUUGUUGGAUGUUCUUCGACGAGUCAGCGGUAACCAAUAUGUCCCAGGGACAAAGGACUACAACGAUGUCAAGUAUCAAUACGCGACGCCAACUUAUGGCAAAGACCGCGAUCUCAAUCCAGCAUUGAUCAUCCAACCUAAAACGAAGGAAGAUAUCGUAUUAGCAAUCAAAUACGCGAAAGAGAAGAAGAUUGCUGUGGCCAUCAAGACAGGCGGCCACCAGUAUAGCGGAGCUUCUUCCACCAAUGCCCCAAAUAUCCAACUAGAUCCUAGCGAACUCGUUCAGGGGCCCAGAUGAUCGAGCUAUCUUCGAGAAGGACGGGAAGGCUUAUGUUCGCACCAGUGUGAGCUGGAGUCUUGGAGAAUUC